CUCAUCUGUGCCAAAAUUCCCCUCUCAUUGAGCCUUUGCUCUUCUUUGCUAUUUAGUGCUCAAGGGUGUAGUACGAGUAGUGUGUAGUACAUACAUUUUGUAUGUAAUAUGCAGUGUGCCAGAGAGUUCCUCUGAAGUACACACCUGUUGGUGGUGUAGAGGACAUUCUACACGCCCCUGACCUCCUAGAGAAACACCCCGUCUUGUAGGCUCGUUCGCUCUGUUUACCCUUCUCCUCGUUCUUCCACUCUCUGCAGCGACCUUGCUUUACCUUGACCAUGACCUUGAACCAUGCAAUUCCAAUAUGCAUUGCAUCUGCAUCUGCAUUUCUCUGCUGCUACUGUACUGCAAUAAAAUCUCUCGCCAUCCCCAUUCCGCCUUUUCGCUCGCAUGGCAUCCAUACCCAUACCACCCAUGUUCAUGCUUGUUCUGCUCCCCUCCCUCUCACACCAACCCUCUCUCCAUCUUAUUCUCUUUUUCGUUUAUUGGGCUACGUACAGGCUUAGGUUAUCACUCUGCAUCUCUAAUUGCCUGUCUCUCCCUUCGUCUUCUUUCUUUCUUUCUUUCUCUCUUCUACACCAUCCCAUUCAACCUCCUCCUCUUCUCCCACUGCAGCCAAUCUCUUCUUGAAUCUCGGCUCCUUGGCUCCUCUUCUGUAUUCUGACCCUUCGCCUCUACCGCUUCGGGCUUUAAAUCGUUCCAACUCCCGCGCCCUAAGCAGCAAACUCUCAGCCAGCUUCAGCCCUUAACCGGCCUGAGCCAAGCUCAAACUCCCCCGUCAUUAGUGGACUGUGGCUUGCCCUCGCCCGUCCAGAGACCAUUCAGCCAAUCCGAAGAGCUUAGAAGGCCGCUGGAAGUGCAAGAUCGGAUAAGACUAAGACCCUAGACAGGGCUGUUCGGAUCGGGUCCAUACAUCCUGGGAGUCGUUACUUGGGCUCUCUAAAACGCUUCAAUUCCCUCCCGUCUUCCGCGCUCUCUAGCUUCCAUUUCUCCCCGCCGCACUCCCACUACCCACCCGGUCACUUAUUCCCUAGAGGGCCUGAGCCUCCGACCUGCCGAGUCCCUUGCCCUGUUGAGACAAGACGACACGAGACGAGACGUAAGCGAUCAAUUGAGGAAACGCUCACGGUGGACUUCUCACAGUUGCAAACCUUGCUUUUACCUCCAUCCUCCUCUCUUCUCCGAGGCCUCAGCUGUUGGUUCUAUUCUCUUCACAACCAACAUUCAAACAUCGCGCCAGGUUCGAUCCAUCUUAGUGGACCCAUCAAGCGUCAGACCAGGCCUGAACCAAACCAAGUCCAACUCGAAUCAUUUCGUUUCAACCAACCAGCCUUGGCUCUUUAAUCUUAAACACCUACAACAUCCUCUAUUCUCCUGUAACUUUGGGUAUUUGGCUUCAAGCUCUUUGACCUUUCGCCCAAUUCAUACCAAGUCGCAUUAACGCAUUGUACACCUUUUUACCCUUUCUUGUCUAGGGAGAACCUUUGUAUCAUCUAACGACGCCUACGACGAUUACGACCAUCACGAGACAAAAGAGGACUGACACGAGUCUCACCCAAGAACCGAUCCAAUUUCUAUGCCUCUGUCCCACCCGAGUGCUAUGGUGCUUGCUUGAUCAAUUAUUUCUCACUGAUUCUAUUUCAUACCAACGAACUGGACUUUGAUCCAUCCGAGACACGAAACGCUGCCGAUCACCCUACCUUUAUUUGCCACCAGGUCCCGAUACAACCCAAAUCCCCCAACUUACCUCAUUCGCCGUAAUUCUGCAAACACGCAGCUCCCCAGCUCCAGCACAUAUUGCCAUUCUUCAAUCCGACAGCUAGGGAGUCGGGUGGACAUCACCUGGCCCCAUACCUUUAGCCAACACGGCUCCACCGCUAGAAACAGACUUCCGCGACAUGGCUAUGGAUGCGCUCAAGAAUCUUGUCAAUAACGUCCCGGACUGGUUACAGCGACUUGACGACCUCAGCGGCCAGAUCGACCGACGCCAGGCCGAGCUGGCCGCUGUUGCUGCCGCAGAGGGUAAAAGUGCGGAGACAAAGUCGCUUCGCAACAAAGGCUCAACCGAGUCCCUCAAGCCUAAAGAUGAUCCUCCAGUAGUUCACGCCGAGGUUCCAGCGAACGAGGACAUCCUCGAAGAUGGCGCAGGUGACAACACAGCACAGACACCAGUCAAGCCCGAGACACCCAAGGUGCAUACCCCAAGCCCUGGUUCCAUUCGUCAGCAACAAGAGAUUAUCAAAGCCGCACAAGCUAGAGCACGAGCUCAGGUCAGGAAGAAGCCCAAGUCGCCAUCUAUGAUGUCUAACGAAGACGCCCCUGCCGCUUAUCGAACACGGAGCAUGAUCAUUGUCUAUUAUGAUAGCUAUGUUCAGAGCUUCUUUGACGAUCUUGUGAGGUUUGUCUCGUCAAGUCGAAACCUGAUGCGCAAAGCCAAGAUGGCCGCAAGAGUUGCCCAGAUCAAGAAGCUUGCGGAGCAAGACGUAUCAGAGGAUGGAAGCAAUGAUGACGCUCUCCCUUCACUACGAUACAUGAGCAGCAGGCGAUUCGGUCCUAUGUCGAUAUCCCGACCCGGUGCUGGCGACCAACCACCAGACGUAUACGAUAAGCUGGAUAAGGGCCUCGAAUUUGUGCAGAGUAUGUGUGAGCACGGUGCUCAUCAGUUCCUUCGCGAUGGCGACUGCAACGACGAGAUCAGUAAGGUACAGAAACGACUGACUGAGGUUCUCGAGAUGGCCAAGACAGAAAUGGAGCGCGUAGAGCGCGAAGAGCCUGAAUUAGCAAAGGAAACAGGCGAGAUGGGCAAAGUCCGGACACGGCGGCCCAUAAGUAUGCGCCGCGACAUGACCGUUGGCCUCAAGGAAAGCAGCCCGACACCCACUAAGGAGGAGAACAAGUUGGAGCCUGCAAAGCUCGAAGCUGCCGAACCUAUUAUCGCAGCAGAUCCCAUGGCACCUAUGGCUGUGGAUCCAAAUAUCAUGGAAGCCGACGAGGGUAUCGAUGUCGAAAUGGAACUUCCCAAACUGCAAUAUCGAUCAACCCGGGCGAUGCGCAGUCGUGGACCAUAGAGUGGUCGCGAGUCGUGUACCUGGGCCAUCAUUCUCGAAACACUAUAACGAGAAGCUCAAUUGUUUAAGGUACUUUGCUUUCAGCAUCGCUCAUGUUACUACAUUGAGAUCAUCAUUGGCGUCACGGACCGGGGAGAAGAAAGUUUCAAAAGGGGGGAAAACUCACUGGGAUUUGUUUUGGUUAACUUCCAUUUGCUGGAACAUGGAGGACCGUCUUCCACCUUUCAUUUUAUAUUUAUCAUGAAGCGUGAGCAUUGCGUCCGUAUGGAUUGGCUUUGUAUCAUAUAUUGGUUGUUGAUUGCCACUUUGGAGCUUAUCUUAUGUCAAAAGAAAGACCAUUCAUAGCGUCGGGGUUGCUGCAUGCUUUAAGGAUUUCAAGGGACUUGGCUGUAUUUCUGAUUACUCUUUUCUCGUUUCAUUAGUUCUAUCUACGCUUUAUGGUCAUGAACAAUGGGAAUCUUGAAAAUGACGUUAUACAAGUUGCAGUUCCCUCGUUUUCGCAAGGUAUAUUCUUAGUAAAUCUUAUCAAAUUAUUAGAGAAGUUUACAAAUUUAGUAAAGCUUCUUCUAAAGGUAUAACAUACUGAGUUGUCAGGUCC